UCAGUCUAAUCACCAUCAGACUGACCGUUUUUGGCUUUCAAUCGGGCGUCACGGACCUUCACUUCGCAAUGACAAUGAAAGUGUGUGCUAUCUUAUGCUUAUUGCUGUGUAUAUCGGCAACAGAUGCAGCUUAUCGGCGCAUUUGCUACUUCACCAACUGGGCCCAAUACAGACCUGGACAAGGCAGUUUCAAACCAAGUAAUAUUGACCCAUCAUUCUGCUCCCACAUCCACUAUGCUUUUGCAAAAUUGACUGGUAAUUCAUUGGCUCCAACGGAGACCAGUGAUCUUUCUAUAAAUGGUGGAGAAGGAAUGUACCAACAAGUGAUUAAUUUCAAGAAAACUAACCCUGGUUUAAAGGUUAUUCUAACUGUAGGUGGAUAUAAUGUGGGUACUUCGCCUUUUUCUGCCAUAGCUUCUGCACCAGGAAACAGAAAGGCUUUUAUUUCACAGGCGAUCACUUAUCUCAGAAAACAUAAAUUCGAUGGAUUGGAUAUUGACUGGGAAUAUCCACAGUCAAAUGACAAAGCUAAUUUUGCUGAGUGGGUAAAGGAAUUACGAGCAGCAUUUGACAAAGAAGCAACAGAAACAGGGCAGACACCACUCAUUCUGACAUGUGCAGUAGCUGCUGGAAAAUCAAAAAUUGAUGCUGGAUAUGAUGUCCCAACUCUUGCUAAAAACAUGGAUUAUAUAACAAUCAUGUCGUAUGAUUUACAUGGUUAUUGGGACCACAAAGCUGGACAGAAUGCACCACUGUAUGCAGCUUCAUAUGCAACAGGAAAUGGCCGUCAACUAAAUGUGGAAUGGGUCAUGGACUACUAUGUUUCAGAAGGAGCACCAAAGGAAAAAUUAAAUGUGGGUUUGGCCACAUAUGGAAGAGGUUUCACUUUAUCCGAUGCUACAAAUUCUAAACCUGGAGCUCCAUCAAGUGGACCAUCACCUCCUGGCAAAUAUACUGGAGAGGAUGGAUUUUUGGCUUAUUAUGAAAUUUGUACAAUGAAGACAGAAAGCGACUAUCACUGGAUGGAUCAAGCUAAAGUACCCUACAUCGUCAAAGGCGGAACUUGGGUUGGUUAUGACAAUGUCGAGAGUUUGAAACUAAAGGUAGAAUGGCUGAAAACCAAAGGAUUUGGUGGAUUAGCUGUUUGGACCAUCUGCUUGGAUGAUUUCAACAAUAUUUGUCAAGGCGGAAAAUAUCCUCUCAUGAAAGCAAUUAAUCAAGAACUUGGGUCAUCUUCAUCAACAGGUGCGCCGGAUGUCGUAACCUCUGAACCUCCAGCUCAGACACAGACACCAACACCAGGAGACGGUGUGCCGGAUGUCGUAACCUCUGAACCUCCAGCUCAGACACAGACACCAACACCAGGAGACGGUGCGCCGGAUGUCGUAACCCCUGAACCUCCAGCUCAGACACAGUCACCGACACCAGGAGACGGUGCGCCGGAUGUUGUAACCCCUGAAUCUCCAGCUCAGACAGAGACACAGAAACCAGGAGACGGUGCGCCGGAUGUCGUAACCCCUGAACCUCCAGCUCAGACACAGUCACCGACACCAGGAGACGGGGCGUCGUCUAGUGCCAGUUGUGUGGGUAAGGCACCAGGAGGCCAUGCAAUCCCAGGAGACUGCAAAAACUAUAUGGUAUGCUCUAAUGGAAUAAAAUUUAUAUUUCCCUGUCCUCCGGGAACUUCUUUCAACGAGGCCAUUAAAGUCUGUGACUACUCUUCGAAAGUGCCCGGAUGUUGAAGUUUGUUUGCUAUUAAGAUACUAAAUGAAAAGAAAAAAUUAACGAAACUGAAUGUAACUG